AUGGAGCUCCCGGCUACCCAAGGACGACCCCGUGGAAUGGAUGAAAUAAUCGAAUGUUGGGAUGAUGACGAUGAUUUGCAAUUCAAUGAUGGAAUCCAAUUCCGCGCCGCAUCCAGCACAGGCUCUGUGACCAACUCCUCGUUUCGACCAUCUGGACACCGUGACUCUAUCUCAUCGCGCCGAUCCGCUCGCUCCGAUCUCGAUUCAAAUGCGGGCGAUGAAGAUUGGCAAGUCCUGCUACAUGGCAACGAUGACUUCUCCAAAGAGGAGGCACUUGCCUCCGCCAAACAUGCCGGCAUCCCUAUACCCUCAGAUAUCCCCAGCUCGGCCCUCAUUGGGGGUGCUAUUAAACGUCUGUCUGCUCGGAAAUCAAAGCGAACCUUUGUAGAUGAUUGGUCAGACGACGUCGAGCUCCCUGUCCCUGGUGCGGUCCUGGAACUGAAGACUCCACAAGACAAUGCUUUCCCCGAAUCCUUACGACAGAUUAGCUCCGCAGCGACCAGUCCCGUGAAAUCGACCGCUUCCCCUCCCUGGAAUGACGACAUUUCGACUCGCCUCCAGGCAGCGUUUUCACCUUUGGAUCGCUUUCAAGAUGAGAAUCACUCCCCAAUGGACCAGAAUGUUCCUACUAUCAAAGCCCCUACGCCUCGCUCCCCCGAAAAGAACCCUGUCAGUAUGGCUGGAUGUGGCCCUGCAGGGGAUCGGGAGAUUGAUGAUUUUGACGAAGACCUUGAAUUGCCUCCGGACCACCAGCCACUCCAAUUAAGUCAUCGAAAAGAUCGAGCCGAGGUUUCUAGUCCUAUUUUAGAUGACUUUGAUCUCGAGUGGUCGGAAGGCAGCAUUGGUGUCCGAGUUGGUGGGACAGCACGAGACGGUCGAUCCCUCCCAAGCUCCUCUAUCUCAAUCGCAAGUCCGAGCGUUUCAAGCUGUCUCACUGCAGAAAGUGAGGAGGAUGGCUUGGAUGGUGUCUUAUUUCCGGACGGGCCUUUGGAUUUUACCGCAUCCCUCAAGCGGAGACAAGAAGCUCAGACGCCCGAGAUUCCCAUCAAGGAUGAGGCUAUUCAGAAGGCACCAUCUUCACCAGAUGCCGAUGACUUUUUCUCGGGCCUUGAGGUUGACCAUGGUAGAGCAUUUGCCUCGGGGAAAAUGACCCUCAAUCCCAACGUCAAGUGCAAGACAGAAUGGCCAUCAAGCCCAACUCGUCGGCCGGCUACCACUCUUACUUUCACCAAUGCCAGCGGAGGGUCCCCGCGGACCCGCAUCCCCCGUCUUUCUGGUCAUGAACGAACCCAUUCAACUCAUCUGGAGACCGUCUCAGAAAGCGGUGCACCUCUUUCCAAGUUCCGAAGAUCGCAGUCUCGUCUUGGACAUUCAUCGCAAUCGUCCGUUUCAAGUCUACCUGCCACCGGUACGAAAUCACCAUCGCCAACCCCGAGUACCUCGACUCGACGGCUUCUGGGAUCCCGAGCGACUAGGGAAAGCCCAACCCUUGCCGAGAGCGAGGGCCCUUCAAGACAACUUCGAACCAAACGAUCGUUACCAUCCAUCCGUGGGACCACUUCGGCUACUUCUGCGUUGGCUUCGCAACGGACACCAUCUCAUCAAGAUGGAACUGUUCGUGCCUCCUUCAAUAGACCUAAAACGCCCGUUGAACGGACAGCCGCACUUGACGGACGACCCUCGGUUCGCAGAGUUCAGGCGCCAUUCAUUGCCGGUGCAUCAGAAAGGAAGCCACAAAAUGCCAGCGUGAAAACCUAUCGCUCCUCUCGGCGCACAAACUCGGAUAGCUCGAGUGAUCUUCUCAGUCCGCAGAGCACAUUUUCCCGGCUAUCACGUCCCUCGCGCCCAGAGAGCCUCCGACUGAGUUUUGGUGAAUCUGGCACAGAAACUACCGGGUCAACCACCAAGCGGACCCUGACCAAGCCGACCAGACGACGCAAUUUUGGAGAUGGCACCGAGCUGGAAUCAUUUGACGAUUUACCUACCUCGGCGUCGUCCGAGAGCAAAUUUACCAAAAACCCAGCGGGUCGAGGAGCUCCCCGAUCAGUACGCUCUCGGCUCAGCCAGAGCCGUAUCACUCCUCCGAUUGAAUCCCCUACCCAAUCCACGCCCCCUUCUGUCUCCAAACCGCUGAACCCGACGCCGAGGUUCGCUCGCGAUACCAAUGCAUCCCGCAAUGCUCGAGAACAACGUAUAGCCUCUAUGAACUCCCGAACCCGAGACACAACCCCUCUCUCCUCUUUGAACUCGAAUUGGAAACCCCACCCGGUUGUCUCUCGCAUCUCUCCCAGCGCGGCGCCUGUGCGAAGCCGCAAAUCCAAACCCGUGACCAAGUCUUCAUCCAAACCCCACCUGAUCAAACCUCUAGGGUCCGGCGUGCAUGAUGCUAAAUCCGUGAAAGGCAUGCGGUACAACCCAUCGACUUUCCGAUGGGAAGGAAACGAAAACAUUGUGCAGGAUUUCGAUAUUGCGACUGCUCCCAAAUCACCGAAAUCUGCACCGGCUCUGAUCACUAAUGUGGGACCUUUGCACAAUGUCCAGGCGGUUGGCGGAAUGGUCUUUGAUCCGCAGCGCAUGUGUUGGCUUAAGGCCUCCACCCUUGAGUCUGGAGGCCACGGUGGUGCAGCACCCGAGGAUGAGGAUGAUGUCUUUGCUGGGUUGGAUGACCUGGAUGAUGACAAGAACGCCGGUCCUACUCGUCGCAGCUCAGGGGCUGUGGAAGACUUGUCUUCCCAUGCGCCUGGUGGAGAAGAUGCCAGCGCGGGAGAGUCUUCCGAUGACUGCCCUAUCACGGAGGAAUUUGACGUUGGUCCCGAGUUUAUUCGACGACAGAGAGCCGAAGAGGAGAAGUGGAGACGCAAAGUGGCUAAAUGGAUUGGCCCUGCUCGCGGCGAUCGAGAGCAGCACUGGCGGUGGACCAUCCGUGAUCUGGUGGCCGAGGAUACCGGCCAUGUUAUUGGAUAG